AGCGUCCUCAACUUUCAAGUUCUUCAGUCACCAUUAACUUGGCGGAGUCAUUCACGACCACUAUGCGUUGGCUUUAUCUGAUAUGGGCGUUGGGAGGUGUACUGGGCGUUUCUGGAGCUGGCUCGAAUCGCAAUUGUUUGAUACCGGGACGGCCUUUACGUUCGUUGUACUUUCUGGAAGACACGUCUCCCUUUUUCGAUGCGAAUUUGAACGCCUUUAAAGUGGACGUAAAUGACAUCCGGGUUUGGCCGCGGGUCAUGCAGGCCUACAUUAACCUGUGUCAAAAGUGGCGAUUCCAAGGCCAACCCGUGGACCAACCCUGUGCCAAUAUGGAAGGAGUGUGUAUCGUUGAGAAAGCCCCUGGAUCUAUUGACAAGGUGGAAAAGAACUUUAGCCGCUCAUUUUGGGAUGAGGGGUUUUCCGCUGGCCAACUAACCACGCCUGGUGUUCCCGAUGGUCAAGGAUCAGUCAUGAUGCAAUUGGUGAACGGGUCGCCAACUUGCCUUGAUGAUAAAAAUGUGACCGUACCGUACGAAACUACCAUCCAUUUCUUUUGCAAUAGUGAUCCCAACGCCGCAUCAGAAUUGUCCUAUCACGUGAUGAAUGAGCAAUGUCACUUGUAUUUCCUUUGGUCUACCCAUCAAGCUUGUAAUCAAACUGAGGAAGAAACCAAAGUGCAGAUUCCAUAUCAAGACGCUUGUUGGGUGAAGAUCUUGGGUCGAAAUGAAGUGGUCGACCUUAAGAAGCAAAAAGGAUACCACCACUCCACUCUGGUCAGUCAUGCCACCAAUGUCAAUGUGGAACACGUGGAGAUCCAAGUCGUUCUUUGUCCCGCAAGCAACAUCGUUUGGACCCAUUGCUCUGCCGGAACAGGAUUCUGUAUGGCUAGUACGAGAUCCGAGGAUCAGAUCAGGGUGAUCGAGUCGGUUCCUGCUCCUCUCAUAAUGGGCUUGGACCCCAAUGAGGAAAUCCUGAAUGUUACUUAUUCAGGAACUCAGGCUAACUAUACGGUGAGCAUUGGAUGCUCUCCGAACUCGCCAUUGCAAUUGCUCCCCGAAGGCAAUGGCGGCUAUCGGUCGUUCAAUAGGACCGAUGGAUCCAAGCACGUGGUGAUCCAGGCGAUAUCCGAUUCGGCUUGUAUCAAACGAACCCCGUUGUGUUUGGCUAAUCGAGAUGAGAUUCAAUUUCAUCUGGACAACUUCCAUCAUGUGCCCAAAAUGAUGAAGAUCAGGGAAGGCAAUGUUACCUAUUUUCUCAGCGUAUGUGGACCCUUACCCAAAGUCUGGGCCGAUCGAUGCGGAUCAGAUUCGGUCACGAUUUGCGCCGUUGAGGAUGGCGCACGUCUGGGCAAGAUUUUAGCCACUCCAAUGACCGCUCGGAUCCAAACCCUGAAGAGCGAAUUUGGCGAGCCCAUCGCAAUUUCCUAUGCCGAGACAUCCCGAUGCUCGGCCAAAGAUGGGCUGAUGUGGUCCCAAGUCAUCCUCAGAUGCAAUCCGAAGGAAAUGGCCAAAUUGAUCGUUCAUCCGAAUCAAUUGGUUGGCACAAGCAAAUGUAUGAAAGUGUUCGAGGUUCAAACUCGAGACAUUUGUAGCCCGGAGCACGUUACUGGGUACGGUUGCCAAGCCACGAAUAAAGCCGAUCGAUCCAAAUAUGACCUGCGUGUCCUGGACUUUGGUCAGAGCGAUCUCAAAGGAGAGCCUUUCCGAAUGGAUCAGGGCAAAUUUGGCAACUACACAUUUGACUUUCUGCCUUGUGGAUUGCGGCAAUUUGAAUGCGGGAAAGGAGCAUCAAAUCGAACGUCGUUCUGUCUGUCACUCAACGAUGCAGGUCGCACCAAAAUCCCAAUUCAUGCGCAAGGAUCUCCCAAAGUCGACGUUAUGUGGCACGGGAAAAUCCGUCUGUUGUAUACUACCUCGACCCCGUGCGAAGUGUAUCCGCAGACGAACUACACCCUGGAGUUCGAUUUGGGUUGCGUUCCAUUUCAGAGAUCGGAUUUUACGCCUUUGGUUUUCGGAGGAUCGUGCUAUUUGGUGGUCACGGCCGAGACUCGUUAUGCUUGUCCGGGAUUCUGGGACUCCAAAUGCAAUCCGUGGCAGUUUGAGGACAAUGAAGCCUACGACUUGACCUUCUUGAACAAUAUGGACAAGUACUACUCGCUUCAAUUGGAGGAUCCUCAAGUGGACUUCUACUUGAACUUUUGCUCAGUGCACGUUUCAAAAAUGUGCAUGGUGAGCCACUUCCUCUGCAUGAAUACCCAUGGGGGAGAAUUGAUUGGCUUGGCUCAAUAUGAGAAUCGGAGCGUGUCCCUGAUACCGCCCAAAUCCAAUGCCCCAAGCUAUCCCCGACCCAUGCCUCAUUUGUUGAUUGAAUCCAGACCUGCUCACACCAAUUGUCCCCAGAACCUUAGCUCAUUUGAUAGAACCUCAGCAGUUGAUGUGGUCAUUAAAGUGAUGUGUGUGGAAAAAAAUUUAGAAAAUCCUUGGACGUUGGAAGAGUACAAUAACUGUACUCUGUACUUCAAGUUCGAAGAUCUUAGCGCCUGCUCAGCCUUACAAAUCGAUAUGGGACCCAGUCAUUUGGGGGUCAUCCUGUGGACAACGGCGAUUUUACUUGUCCUUGUAGGAGUCCUGGCUGUUGGAGUUUGGUGGUUCUACCGAGGUCACCGUUGGUAUCGUAUCAUGAACUCGAGGUAUACCCUCACCAAUCUUCGAUCGGAAGAUUUCCUGAUCCAGUAAUCGGAGCUCGACUACUCUGUAUAUCUCUUCCAAUCCUAGUUUGGAAUCCAACCGUUCAGUUCCAGAAGUGCUUUCAAGAAUGUGACAUGUCCAAUGCAAUGAAUUUCAAAUCGAUUUUCCAAGGCG